AGCAAGUUGUCAGUGAGAACAGCUGUUUGUGGUAUUGAAUUCGUCAGUAUCAUCUAAAUGUAGUGAAGUGUACCACAUCCCAGUGGCCGUGCUCAUAACAUAAAUCUAUAAUAUUUCAAGAUUUCAUCGUCGAACCACACAAUUUUUAAUCACAAUCAUGGAUUUCGGUACGCUCCUGAGCAAGGCUCAGAAAAAUGGCCAGGGUUCAAAGAAAGAAAUUAAAUAUUAUUCGACCAAAUUUGAACCUCCGAAAAAGGAGCAGCGCUCGAAGACACUUUCUGUGAACAUCCAGAAGUUUCUUGCCAGGAAGGAACAGGAGGAAAAGCAGAAGACAAACGAUGCCAAUAAACGCAGGGAUCAACUGCUGGAGCUCAGAUCCAAAGACAAAAAGGCCACCAGAAGGGUGAACGUUAUGCUAAAGAGAACGAAAUCGGCGAACCAGUCAGUGAUACAGGACGCCGUAGAUUCGGAUAACACUGCCAUCACGUUGGCAGGUGCAUGCCAACCCGAUGAGGAUGAUUACGGAUACGUGUCUCAGAGCGCAUCAGAAUUCUACAACAAGAUGAUGGAGAAGUACAGCAAGAUGCCUGAUGAACCAAAGUUCAGUUUGGGCAAGAAAAAGGUUAGCACCAAUCUAA